AGAUGGUGGCCGAGCGGCAUUGAGACUCCGCCGUGAUGAGUGACGAACUUUUGUGCAUUUGCUGAGUUUUCUGCCAAGUUAGGACGCCAAAGUUCACACAGAAAAACAAGUCUGUUUUGAGAAAUGUUGUGAGGCUGCGUAGAAAGUAUUUCCGCCUGGAGGUAGCGAGUAAUAACCCUUCAUAUAGCCAUAGAGGCGCGGGAUAGCGCGGAGUAACGAGCUAACUAUCCCGUAGCGUCAUUGUAAAAUGGCUCCGGUGCAGAUCGGGGCUGAUGGGCAGCUCGUCCCGCUUGGCGGUCCGGUCGUUUCGGGACCUCAGCCACCACCACCCGGGACGCCGGCUACACAAGGGGUCCGACUCAGCCUGCUUAUCGAGUUUCUCCUCCAGAGGACCUACCAUGAAAUCACCCUGCUGGCUGAGCUGCUCCCCAGGAAAACUGACAUGGAGAGGAAAAUUGAGAUUGUCCAGUUUGCGAGUCGCACCAGGCAGCUGUUCGUACGCCUGUUGGCCCUCGUGAAGUGGGCGAGCAAUGCAGGAAAAGUUGAGAAGUGUGCGAUGAUCUCCAGCUUCCUGGACCAGCAGACCAUCUUAUUUGUGGACACAGCAGAUCGACUAGCGUCGUUGGCCCGAGACGCCCUGGUUCAUGCCCGUCUGCCCAGCUUCGCCAUCCCCUUCGCCAUCGACGUGCUCACCACAGGCUCAUACCCUCGCUUGCCUACGUGCAUUCGGGAUAAGAUCAUUCCUCCAGACCCCAUCACCAAGGCAGAGAAGCAGACCACGUUAAGCCAGCUGAAUCAGAUUCUACGACACCGCCUUGUCACCACAGAUUUACCCCCUCAGCUGGCAAAUCUCACAGUCGCUAAUGGCCGUGUAAAGUUUCGAGUGGAGGGAGAGUUCGAGGCCACCUUGACCGUGAUGGGUGACGACCCCGAUAUUCCCUGGAGGCUGCUGAAGUUGGAGAUUCUCGUUGAGGAUAAAGAAACCGGAGACGGUCGAGUUCUGGUCCAUAGUCUGCAGGUGAACUUCAUCCACGAGUUGGUCCAGGCGCGGCUCUGCGCGGAUGAAAAGCCCCUGCAGGACAUGUACAACUGCUUGCACUCCUUCUGCCUGUCGCUGCAGCUCGAGGUGCUCCACUCGCAGACUUUGAUGCUGAUCAGAGAGCGCUGGGGAGACCUGGUGCAGGAGGAGCGAUACGUGCCUGCAAAAUACCUCACGCUCGCUGUCUGGAACCAACAAGUUUUGGGAAGGAAAACGGGUACAGCGUCAGUACAUAAAGUCACCAUUAAGAUUGAUGAAUCAGAUGGAUCGAAGCCAUUACAGAUCUCCCAUGAGCCUCCUCUCCCUGCCUGUGACUCCAAAUUAAUGGAGAGAGCAAUGAAGAUUGAUCACCUGUCAGUGGAGAAACUUUUGAUCGACAGCGUGCACGCCCGAUCCAAUCAGAAGCUACAGGAACUGAAGGCCAUACUUAAAACCAGCAAUCCCAGUGACAACUCAUUCAUCGAGACAGCUUUACCCACACUCAUUAUUCCCAUACUGGAGCCCUGCGGACGUUCAGAGUGCCUACACAUUUUUGUUGACUUGCACUCUGGCAUGUUUCAGCCCAUGCUGUAUGGAUUAGAUCAGUCCAUGCUGGAUGACAUUGAGAAGACCAUCAACGACGACAUGAAGCGCAUCACGUCUUGGCUUCAACAACUGAAGUUCUGGUUGGGGGAGCAGCGGUGUCGACAGUCAGUGAAACACCUCCCCACUGUGUGCACUGAUAUCCUUCACCUCUCCAACUCGGCUUCUCACCCCGUUGGCAGCCUGUCCAAACACAAGCUCUUCAUCAAACUGACACGUCUUCCACAGUACUACAUUGUGGUGGAAAUGCUGGAAGUGCCUGGCAGUCCCAUCGCAUUGGAGUACAAGUACUCCUUCCUGUCGGUGUCUCAGCUGGAGGGAGACGAUGGACCCAUGUGUGCACAGCUUCUGCAGCAUUUUAAACCCAACCUGGAACAUCUUGUGCAGGACACGACAGCGGGGAGAGGGGUCCGAGCUGGGGCUAAGAGAAAGAUUUCUGGAGAUCAGGGAGACUCGGAGCCAAAAAAGCCAAAGCGGUCUGGGGAAAUGUGUGCCUUCAACAAAGUGCUGGCUCACCUCGUGGCGAUGUGCGACACCAACAUGCCUUUCAUUGGCCUAAGGACAGAGCUUUCCAACAUGGAAAUUCCAAAUCAGGGUGUCCAAGUAGAGGGAGACCGCAGCAGUCAUGCAAUACGUUUACUGAAGAUUCCUCAGUGUAAAGGUGUUGGAGAGGAGACCAGGAGAGCUUUGGAGCGAUCGCUGCUCGACUGCACAUUCCGCCUGCAGGGCAGGAACAACAGAACCUGGGUGGCCGAACUGGUUCUGGCCAACUGCCCGCUCAACAGCACUCACAGCAAGGAACAAGCCUCCACGCGACACGUGUACCUGACCUAUGAGAACCCGCUGUCCGAGCCGGUGGGCGGCCGAAAGGUUGUGGAGAUGUUCCUCAACGACUGGAACGCCAUCAGUCAGCUCUACCAGUGUGUUCUCAAUUUCUCCCGUGCCCUGCCAGAGAUGCCGUCUUACCUGAGCCUGUUCUCGGAGGUGCGGCUCUAUAACUACCGUAAGCUGGUGCUGUGCUACGGCAGCACCAAGGGGAGCUCCGUCACCAUCCAGUGGAACUCCAACAGCCAGCGGUUCCACCUCUCCCUGGGCACCGUGGGGCCAAACUCGGGCUGCUCCAACUGCCACAACAUCAUCCUCCACCAGCUCCAGGAGAUGUUCAACAAAGGCCCAAAUGUGAUGCAGCUGCUGCAGGUGCUUUUUGACACGCAGGCUCCCCUGAAUGCAAUCAACAAGCUGCCGACCGUGCCCAUGCUGGGCCUCACCCAGCGCACCAACACCGCCUACCAGUGCUUCUCCAUCCUGCCCCAGUCCCCGACUCACAUCCGCCUGGCAUUCAGGAACAUCUACUGCAUCGACAUCUACUGCCGCAGCCGCGGCGUGGUCGCAAUCAGGGACGGCGCCUACAGCCUCUUUGACAACACCAAGAUCGUGGAGGGCUUCUAUCCUGCUCCCGGACUCAAGACCUUCCUCAACAUGUUCGUGGACAGCAACCAGGACGCUCGCAGACGCUCGGUCAACGAAGACGACAACCCGCCGUCGCCGGUGGACGUGAUGGAGGGUCUGAUCAACCAGCUGCCGGCUCAGCAGCCUCCGCAGGCCAUGAGGGGCGGGGCUGGAGGCGUCUAUCCUCCCCUCACCUCCCCGCCACCCAACUACCACCCCAACGUCACCCCGUCCCCGUCCAUGAUGCCCACCCAGUCCCCAGGGAACAUCCAUGCCUCUGGCUCCCCUAGUGGAGCUCUGAGGGCCCCCUCUCCCUUUGGGCCCACCCCAUCUCCGUCUUCUCUGGGCAUAGCCAUGGGCCAGACCAGCUUUGCCAGUCCCCACGGUGCUCUGGACCCCAGCUCUCCGUACGCCAUGGUGUCUCCCAGCCACAGGGUCCAGUGGCCGGGCUCGCCGCAGGUCUCAGGACCUUCUCCCGGGGCGCGGAUCCACGGCAUGUCUCCCGGAAACCCUUCGCUGCACUCGCCUAUUCCUGACCCUCAUUCACCACGUGCUGGGACCAGUUCCCAAAUCAUGCCCACCAGUAUGCCUCCACCCCGCAAGCUACCUCAGCGCCCCUGGGCCGCCUCCAUUCCCACCAUCCUCACCCACAAUGCCUUGCACGUGCUCCUGCUCCCCUCGCCCACCCCCUGCCUGGUGCCGGGCCUGGCGGGAAGCUACCUCUGCUCGCCGCUGGAGCGCUUUCUGGGCUCGGUCAUCAUGAGACGCCACCUCCAGAGGAUCAUCCAGCAGGAGGCCAGCUUAACCAUCGUGAACUCCAAUGAGCCUGGAGUGAUCAUGUUCAAGACCGACGUGCUCAAAUGCAGAGUGGCUCUGAACCCAAAGAACUACCAGACGCUGCAGCUCAAAGUCACUCCGGAGAACACGGGUCCCUGGUCCCAGGAGGAGCUCCAGGUGCUGGAGAGGUUCUUUGAGACCCGGGUUGCCGGUCCUCCCUUUAAAUACAACACUCUGAAUGCCUUCACAAAGCUGCUGGGAGCGCCCACAAACAUCCUCCGGGACUGCGUGCGCAUCAUGAAGCUGGAGCUGUUCCCUGACCAGGCUGGACAGUUGAAGUGGAACGUCCAGUUCUGUCUCACCAUACCUCCCAGUGCUCCUCCCAUCGCUCCUCCGGGAACCAUUGCCGUUGUGCUCAAGUCCAAGAUGCUUUUCUUUCUGCAGCUGACCCAGCGCAUCCCGGUCCCCCAGGAGCCGGUGAGCAUCAUCGUGCCCAUCGUGUACGACAUGGCCACGGGCCUGACCCAGCAGGCGGACAUCCCCAGGCAGCCCAGCUCCUCGGGGGCCGCGGCUCUCAUGGUCUCCAAUAUCCUCAAGAGGUUUAAUGAGCUGCACCCUGCCAGACCGGGCGAAUGCACCAUAUUUGCAUCUGUUCACGAGCUGAUGGCGAACCUCACGCUGCCCCCCGGCACCCGCCAGUAAAAGCGAACAAUCGGUGCUGAGACUCGGCCGCAGACGGGGGACCGAUCGCUCUGCCGAGAAGCUGGUCUACGCAUGUUUGAAUGUGGCAUGCAUGCUGUCUGCUUCACCUGCUGGACCCAUGCACAGCUGCUGUGGAGGAGAGAGAGAAGCCUGCAGCCGAGGACCGUCGUCACAGAAGGUUUCCUGAGCAGGACGCUUUCAGGACACCAGAUUCUAAAGAAUAUCAAUAUUAUUUUUUGCUUUCAGGUGCACUUGUAAACAGAAAUAUCUAUUGUUUUACUGUUGUUUACAAAAAUAUGUACAUUGUUGUAUAUUUGAUUGUUAAAAGAAAUCAGGUGAGUUAAAUUUUUUGCUAGAGCCACGUCUUCUGCUCCUCUUUUCCUUCCUUUUGUAAAAGCCACACUGGUAAAACUAGUAUGAGAUAUUAUCCUUAGCACACUAUUUAACUGUCUUCUUGCCUUUACUUUGUCAAUACCUCCGCAUUGUUAAUUCAGACUUUGACUUGGGAUACUGUAAAACUGUGAUAAACUUUAUAAGCCAGUGGUAUUUUAUUAAGAUGCGUUUUGAGUCCCAAUUUGAAGGAUUCAUGACACCUUGUCCGACUUUGCUAUUUAAUAAACCAAGGUUAGGUUUGGUUUCUUCAACUUUG